CGUGUUGUGGUGACGCUCGCUUUCCGUCCGCGUCCAAAUAUGGAGAUUGACGUCGAACGCAGCUCAGGUAUGCGUGACGACACUCGGCGGGGGAAAAACGAGGACGGCGUGAACGCGCGCGCUUACCGUAAACUUUCGGCGUUUAAUUAUAGAAGCGUGCGACACUUGGAGCUGGGUUUCCUCUCUUCUGUCGAGCAAGUCGAUGUGGUUCAUGUGAAGGGCUCUCACCAUGGCAACACAUGUGUCUUCCUGAGCGCCGGCUGAGACACGAUUCAUUGUUUAUAUGAAUGUGUCGUAUCCAAACACACAUGUAACACACACUUGUGUCUCUGGUUUAGGGUCCGGUGACCCGUCGGACCUCCGUGUGUCGUCAGGAGUAAGACGUCGCCAUCUGGAGAGCUCUGAUUGAACGAGACCCAGUCCACGAGCGUCUGACGAGGGCUGAACCCCGCCGGCCAAUCAGCUCUGGCUUUCCGCUGACAGACGCAGGUGCCUGGCCAAUCGCAGCAGGGACGUGGCAGAGGUGGGCGGGGCCUGAGCGCUGGAGUGUCGGUGUUCUGGAGCAAACGCUCAGAGAGACAGAGAGAGAGAGAGAGAGAGGAGAGACAGCGCUCCGUCCGUCCGUCUGGUUCUGCAGCGCGUCUCUCUCACUGCAGCUCUCUCUCUGUGUGUGUGUGUGUGUGUGUGUGUUCAUGUAUGCCGGCAGCGGCUACGUCGCUGUUUCAUCAUCUUCACCUUCAUCGGUGAAUUCACAGCAUCGGCGCACGAUCCUGCUCAUCUGUUGCCGUGGUGAUGGGCUGUCGACUGUCAGGGCCGUGGAUGGGCGACGGGAUGGGGGUUCACGGUCGGGAUCUGACUCACCUGCAGAAGCGAGAGGCCUUCCGUAUCCUGGCCAGCUACGAGCAGCCAAUCACGCUUCAGAUUGAGGGCCGGGGGCGGAGCCUGCAGUACAACAGGACGACGGACUGCAGCACGCAAACGGAGCGACCGUGGGAUCCUCUCCGACCGCACUCGUGCACACUGCCACGACUGCCUCCCUCGGACAGGACGUGCUACAAUCACAUGACCCUGCCUGGGACCCGUAGAGAAGGAAGCAGGUACGAGUACCUACCAAACACGCCCAGAGACCUGGAGCACAGAGAACGACUGGCCUACAACGACCCGGAGUUCUCCAGCGGCGUGUCUCAGGGACAGAACUGUCUGAUCAGAUGCUGCAACACCAACCUGGAUGAACCCAGAAGUUUCCAGAGUCAGACUGAUGAUGAUGACUACAUGAUGGAGAAACCCCUGGGUUACCUGCCUCUUCAUCACGAGCUGGACAGCGGGCUCGGCUGGACGGACGGUAGCUUCCAUCAGGGGGAGCUGUCGGGCGUAGAGACAGAAGAGGGGCUUGAGGAGCGCCACGGCAGGUCGCCGUCGUCGGAGUCCUUCAUCUCGUCGGAAUUAAGCGACUCGGGGUUUUACAGCGUCAGCACCGGCGAGUUCCUGCGCUUCCAGCGUCUGCUUGAGAAACGCAUGCGCCAUUACAACGCCCGCAUGCUCCACCAGGGGGAGCCGUGCUCACGCGAGCGGCGUGACAGCCAGAUAAAACACCCCCUAGAGGCCAUCCCAGAAACGCUGACGGUGCAGCCUCAAAACGUCUGCGCGCCCAUCCCGGGAUCGCGCGGUUUGUCACGUGUUUCGUCCGUGCAGUACCGCAAGGCGGAGCGUCCGUGUUUAAACAGGCACAGCUCCAGCAGCGGCUCGUUGUUCAAUCCCGCACCUCAUCCGAGUUCUGCGGGAAUGCUGAGAAGAAGCAGGACGCUGCAUCACCGCCCAGCACCGAUGGAGUACCGCAGACGGGCGAGUCACCCGGCCUCGCCCAACUAUUGCAGCGCCACGCUGCAUCCCUGCGUCCACAGAGUCGACCUGCCCAUGAAUCUCCCUGAGGAGCCGGACUUGGCACUUAUGCACGCCGUUGCACACCCUGUUGUACACCCUACUGCACUCCCUACACAAACACUACACGCAAUGAGUCAACCGUCCCUGAUCUCUCCAGUUGACGAACACUGCUGCAUGCCUCCAGAUCUUCGCGCCAACGGCAGGAUCCGAGCAUCCACCGAACCGCAGCUCCAGAUGAGCUUCGUGACCCAACAGACGCCCCACAACAGGUUCCACACUCUAAGUCACACGCCCAGUCAGGACGCCAACGAAACCUGGCCGAAACCUGCCAAUCGCGCGGGAUCCAGUGGCGGAGGCGGACUCUACAGCACCUUGGAGGGUCACACGCCCGCUAGGAAAUCACCCGGCGGGAAUCUGCGAGCUUUGCGGAACCAGAUGCUGCGGGAUCGAGCGUCCCGAUUGGCGGACGAGCGUAGCGGCAUGAGCACAGACGAAGAGAGUCACAGCGAGGUCCGCAUGGGUCGCUACUGGAGCCGCACCGAGCGGCGCGAACACAUGCUGCAGAAACAGCGACAGGCCAGAAACAACGUCGGCGUAGCUGUGUCAGGAUUGGUGCAUAGCGGCGGAGUCAUGGGAGGAGCUAACAGAGACAGUUGUAGUACCGUUCUCGAACUGAGCCAGAGGAAACUAAGUCGCAUGAGGAACCGGAAGCUGCUGGACGACUGGACCACCGUAGAGGAACUCCUGACGCACGGAACGCGCCUGGGCGCUAGCGAAGACGCCUUGCAACUCCCUACGUCGUUGCUCACCGUCACAACUGUAUAGCGACACCCACCUAGUGCGUGUUCAGAUUGACUUGUGUGUGUGUGUGUGUUUGUGUGUGUUGGACCGGCCGCACUACACAAAGCUACCUCCUAAAAUUGAGGUUUACUGUAGAUACAGACGUUUCCGAACACCGUAGUACAUUGAUUUUUAAAUGUUAUAUUUGCAGUAUCUUGUUUUGCAUUGUGUUGUGAAGAGAUGUUUUAUUAGGGAGCGAAUUCACUGCAGUUUGAUUCGACCGCAUGAAGCAAUACAACAGAUACCGACGCCAGACAAAACAAAUUUUAUUUGGUGCCAAGAAAAGUUUACGUUACGGAUCAUUUUAAGGUGGUGCUAACCGUGAGAUUUAAUUUCUUCGACAUGAUUUGCAACUAGCCUAUAAACGACAUCCGAAUUACGUCACUUUUGCACAAAAUUUAAAGAAUUCCCUUUCCGACUGUCUUCCUCUAGCUAAUCUGUGGCGUUAGCACAGCCCCUCCUCCUAUCAAUCAUCAAUCUGAUUCUCUGGGAAUAAUAUCGGAUAAUCUAACGACGGAUCGGGAGUCGGAUACGCAGCCAGGGCCGGGGAUUGGGUGUGCCGGGUUAUGCUGGAGAUCAGGCAGCGGAAACGUGAGCGUGUGUUGUGAAGUGUGCGGGUUCUUGCACUAUAACUGUAGUUCUGUAGAGUAUUUUUAAAGCUAUUUUUCUUGUGCUCUUCACAAUUGAUGUCACGAAAAGAAACAAAGAACUUUUAUAAAGACUCAAUUAUAAGUGGUGUUAACAGAAGUACAACAAUUUGGAGAGAAAGAUGAUCGACGCACUGAACUGCGUUUCGUGCAAAUUUAUCAGAUAUUUUCAGCGCACCUUUCCGCAAACAACAAGGUUUCAACUUUACAAUAUGAAACGCCAGCAGAAUGAAUUCUGCACAAGUUGAUAAACUGAUGGCAGUUACACAAAUAAAUAGUGUUCUGAAUGAUUCACACAAAUUCGUUCUGCUCGCGUUUCAUGAACGAGACCUAAUUAUUUUCCAAAGCAGAUGAUGUAGAAGUAUUUGGAGUCACCUGUGUCAGCGUGGGAUGUUUGCGGAUAAUUUUUUCUCUUCUUCUUUGAACAGAAAAUCAGGAUUUUUCCCACCUGCACUAUUUUUGGUGCACGAGCACUGGAGUGUUUACAAUUUUUCCUCACAACUGUGACUCUCUGCGACACAUCUCGCUCUCUCACCCUCGUUUCUGAGGUGAAAUCACGUCAUUUUCACCGUGACUCAAACGCUGUGAAUAAUGGAUGUGAAACAUCUUCCCGAACGGAUUAACAGAAAAACUCUGCCUCUCUCAUUGGAUUUUGCUCGUUUCCACUUUUAGAAAUCAUUUUCUUGGGAUAUGAUGUACAUGUGGUUGUAAUAAAGAUGAGAUUUUAAUUAGCUACUUAAA